AUUUUCUAUGCAUGGUUCUUAUGUACCAUCCCUGGUUUCCAUAGAUGGUAAUUUAAAACGUCGUACGGCGUGCACUACUCACCGGAGCCAUUUCUUAGACCAGUCCAGGCAAUACUCCAACACGACUGCUUCAAACUCUAGGGUUUUGAGAGUGUGCCGGAGUUCGUUGUUUUACCGUGUGAUUCAGGUUGUUCGUUGCAUGAAAGUCUGCCUCAAAUGCCCUGUGUACCAAACGGUGCAGACCCAUGGUUUAUGUUUAAGAACGUGCGGUGUGUCGAACCAUACGAAAGCGCAACAUAAUCUACACGUGAGACGUACCCAAGUGUUGUAUGUUGCCUCGCAACAGGUCAACGUCCAAAGAACGUACGCGCGGCUGCAGUAUCAUACCACGGAAAUAGUUUUGUCGAUUCAGAGCUCCCCUAGGCGUAGGUUGCAGCUUGAUUGAUCACGAAUGCUGAAGACCGGUUUUGCAACACUAUGGUUGAGUGUACUUCGGCAGAGUUAUUUUAGCGCCUAAUGUGGCCUAUCUUUGGCACAUUUUCGCUUAUUGCUACCCUUAUAUUCGAAAAGGCUUGAUGGUUGUUCCCUGUUGGUGCAGAUUAACAUGAUUACGUCCCGUGCCACCGAAUAGCCCUCCACCAGAAAUCUGGAUUCGUUUUGCAUGCAGCCCUACGAGGGACAUUGCUUUCGCAUAGUGUGACUUAGUUUGCUAUGCCACUUUAACGGAGACACUCUCCGCGCUUUCUGGGUAGCUUUCACGCGCGACAGCCAGGUGUUUCUGCCGUCCUAAAAUCUCAUGACACCAUUUUGCCACACCUGCCUUUCCUCCGGCCAGGCUAUACAAGACACGUGGAAGCCGAACGCCGCAGCACUCUCUAGACCGUCCAAAGAACAGACUACAUUUAGACGAAGUGCCUCGAGCCAUCUGGAGAACCAUCUAACUGGACGACGGAGACACACGAGCAGUACCGCGGGUACAUUUGGGCUCCUCUGAUCGGCGGAACACGCAAACAGCUACCCGCAACGUCAGUGCAUGAAGAACGUGAAGGAAAGUGGACGACAGUCGGAGACAGCCCGAUGACAAAUAUGACGACA